CGGGCCGGGCCUCUUUAUCGGAGCCCUGUGCCCCUGCCGUGGUCAACCUGUGCCUCCUCUAUUCUUUCCCUUUUCCUCGUAUCCAUCCUCCGGCGUCCGCCCUUCUCUCGCGCGCGCCGACCGCCGCCGCCAGGUGCCAGGAAGUCGUGGGAAGUCUUCUUCGGCGACGAGCACCCGCCAGGCCAUAUCUCUGCAAUGGGUGACUACACAAUCCAGAUUAGCACCAAGCUCAUUGACCAGCUUGCUCGUGAUGACGAGAAGGUAAAACGGAAAGCCAGGAAGCCCAAGCCUAAGAAGAAGCCCACCGUCCAGCCACAUGAAGAGCCCCUGGAAUUCCCGAGAGAACCAAAGACGACAAGCCUUGCUACUGCUCCUGGGUGGCCUCUGCAGCCUCCCCCUAUGUUUCUGCCAGUGACCCCUGCUCCCCCGCCACCCCCGGCCACAAUGCCGGAGGUGGAAGCCAUUCGUUCCGUCCUGAAAGAAAGUGAGGCGCUUCUCAAGAAGCUGGAGAACCAGGAAACUGGGGCACGCCAAGAGCUCAGCAAGAGAGCAAAGGAGCUGCACGACAAGGAGUUCAAGCUACCAUACCAGAAACCCAUGCCCUGCACCCAGGAGAGGGCAGGCUGCCUUGAGUGUUACAAGACCAAUACAAAGGACCCGCUCAAGUGUGCUGAAGCAGUCAAGAGAUUUGAGGCAUGUGCUCUCAUGGCCAUCAAAAGUACUGCCGCAAAAGCUGAUUAGUAUGUAGUCCGUGAAGCUUUGUGAGUUGGGGCGAGCUGAUACGCGGACUCUGUUUUUUAUCUUUUGAGGCAAUUCAAAUAACCAAGGAUUUUCAUGGGACCCACUGUAGAUUUCUAAUGCCACUGCACUGGGCUACCUGAGGCAGCGCACCUUGAGCUUAGCGAUAUUGCAUAUGUUUGUUAAAAUUGGUAUAUCAAGUUGCUGGUGCAAAGGUUUUUUCUGAAAUAUAUAUUGAUCUUGUGUUGGAUUGGUAUC